UCAUCGCUCUCUUUUUUCUCUCCUUGUGUUUUUCUCCUCUUCACAUCGUCCAGUGUUUCCAUCCCUGAACUGUCUCAGUGGUGUUUCCUCAUCUUUGUCUCUCCUUCUGCGUGGACAUCACUGGGUGAGAAGGGUGAGGUGAAAGGGGAAAGGAGGUGUGGAGGUGAGGUGGUGGUGGGGGUGCAACCUUAAAACUAGUGUGACAGCAGCUUAACUGGAGGCUAGACUUCGUCACGCUCCCACAGCCGCCACCAAUUCCCCUUACAGCCCCCCACCUUCCCCCCUCACCUCUCACACUACCUUCCCACCACAGCUACACAAACCUCCCUCCCUCCCCCUCCUGCAACACAACUCCUCUCCACUCACUCCGCGGCUUGCGAGACUGAAGGCAGCCUCGGUGCGCGCAGGGAAAGAGAAAGGAGAGAAGAGAGAGUGAGGCUUUCCCAGAAUAGAGAAGCAGGAGGAGGUGAGAGGGAUGAUGAUGGAAGCCAGCUUUGACACUGAGGAGAGUUUUGACGAUCCCUCCUGUCUCGCCCCGCAGCCCCCCGGCUCCAUUUCGCCCGCCAAGCGGCAGAUCAAGGAGGUCAAGGAGACCAAGAUCACUAUAAACUGUGUGACUUUUCCUCUGCCUGGAGAAGGUCCGGAGCAGCAGCUCCUCAAGCCCAAUGAAUGGAGUUACUGCGAUUACUUCUGGGCCGACAAGAAAGACCCCCAGGGCACCACGUCGGUGACGGGCUUCGAGGUGCUCCUGCAGAAGCAGCUGAAGGGCAAACAGCUGCAGAAGGAGAUGGCCGAGUUCAUCCACGAGAGGAUAAAGAUUGAGGAGGAAUAUGCCAAGAACCUCUCCAAGCUGUCUCUCAGCCCCCUGGCAGCACAGGAGGAAGGGACUCUCGGAGAAGCAUGGACUCAGCUGAAGAAGAGUCUCCACGAUGAAGCUGAAGUUCACCUCAAGUUCGCCAACAAGCUCCACACAGAGGUAGAGAAACCCUUGCUGACAUUCAGAGGCGACAACUUUAAGAAAGACCUGAAGAAGUACGACCACCACAUCGCCGACCUCAGGAAGCAGCUGGCCAGCCGCUACGCCAGCGUGGAGAAGGCACGUAAAGCUCUGGCAGACAGGCAGAAGGAUCUGGAGGUGAAAACCCAGCAGCUGGAGAUUAAACUCAGCAAUAAGACGGAGGAGGACAUAAAGAAGGCCAGGCGGAAAUCCACACAAGCAGGAGAUGACCUGAUGCGCUGCGUGGACCUCUACAACCAAACCCAGUCCAAGUGGUUUGAAGAAAUGGUGACAACCAGCAUGGAGCUGGAGAAACUGGAGGUGGAGCGGAUUGAGUGGAUUCAGCAGCAUUUACGGCAGUACACGACCCUGCGGCAUGAAACGGACAUGUUCAAUCAGAGUAUGGUCGAGCCGGUCGACCAGCUGCUGCAGAGCGUGGAGCCAGCCAAAGACAGAGAGCUGUGGGUGAAGGAGAACAAAACCAGCGAGGUUCGGCCUGUGGAUAUGGACAUAUAGCCCGUCCUGAUCUGACCUGGGAUCAGCCGUCCUGUCUUUGGUAUUAAAAUGCAUUCACAGAGUCCAAGAACACUUCUGAUACACUGAUCCGGGGACGGUGCAUGUUCAGACGUCUGAGGUCUGCUUAUCUUCUCUCUGAGUGGAACAACGAGGAGGAAAACAGAACAGCAAACAGUAAUGGACCCAAAUACCAGCAUGUUCCCUCUAAAUUUAAACCCCAUCAUAAUCCCCCCCCUAGCUUACUGAAUGCCAUUUAACAUAUUCUGCUGUUUACCUGUUGUAAAGUUGAGAUUAUUAAAAAAAAAAUAGUUGUAUUUUGAAUUGUUCAGUUUAGCGUCAGCCAACACUUUUCCAGUCUGAGUAAACCAAACAAACAAAAACAAAAAGGUCUGAUUAUUGAUAUUAUUUUGGAUACUGAAGCAUACUGAGAUCCUGGGAUGAAUAUGAUAUAUUUUCAUAUUUUGCUGGUCCAUUUUGGUGGAAAUGCAUGUUUUGAAUAUCUUGCUUUCACUGUAUGUGGAGCGCUGCACACUCUGUGGAAUCAUGACGGUUGUUUCUGUGUAGUUUAUUGAAGUUAAACAAGGUAUUCUGUAUCUUGUCCUUAAUCUCGGAGCUUUCUCCCACUUUUAAAAAACAAAACAAAAAAAAAAAAACAAAGUGUACAGCAUUAAUAUCCAGAAACCUCAACUUUUCCAAGUGUUUUUGGAAUCGGGAUUUGAUUACACUCAGCACAAGUCCCAAGACACGGUCGAUCGGAUUUAGGCCAGGGUCUAAUUUUGGAUCAGCGUGGAGAAAAAAAAAAGGUGGUCCAAAUUACACUGAAACACCUUUUAGUGCCUAACGGUUAUAUACCUGGAAUGUCCUUGAUUUAUUCUUCUCUGCAUCUGUGUACAUUUGUACAUACUGGCUAGAUGUUUGCACUGUACAAUGUUGUCUGUUUUAUUGGGGGGGGUUAAGGGUCGACAUGCAGCAGGAAGUGGAACUGAAAGAGAAGCAAAGCCAGCUGAGAAAAGUCGUUUUAUCAGAGACUGCAUGUAGACUACGUGUCAGUGUUUACAUACGUGUUUGUCUGUCACUGUCUUUACAUUUUGUCGUUUGUUUUUGAUGCAUUUUUCUUUUCUGUGUUCCCAAGAGGACAAAAUGAAAUAAUAAAGAUCUUAAUCCAGCUGCCGGGCACUUAAAAAAAAAAAAAAAAAUGCUAACCUGCCUUAUGAGAAACACUGACCAUCCGUUCACUGCAGCACAUUCAGACUUUGCUUUGACCCCCUGACAGGUUCAUGUGUAGGUUUGAAAUAGUGUAUCUGUUGUAUUGGUUUUAUCAGUGUGUGUGUCAAUGUUGUGCACUAAGUGUGACGAGUUAUUAUGUUUCAACAAAAUGUUCUUGACAAGAAUCCACAAUGACAUAACGGUUGAGUUAACUGCCCUCCUGUGGUGAGUGUUUUCAUUAAUGUGAGUUUAAUCCGAUUUUCCCGAUGUUUUUAAGAAUGUUGGAUCACAGGUGACCUCUGUCCCGACGGUGUACUGAGGAAUGCAGUGUCCAAAAUAAAUCUCUUUGAAAAUUAAAUGCCACAGCGUGUCGUUAUGUAACUCUGCCGGGCAGU